AUGGAAAGGAAAUAUUUCCCAGAUUUCGGUGUCUUGGUGCCUCAUCCACCCAGCAAACCUCCAGAGCCCAAGCCUCCAGCUCUAAGUCACAGGCACAGACCCGCUCCAGUCAGAACAUGCGCUGUGAAUGAACAGAUGGGGAUCUACUCAGAUAUUAUAACUAAACACAAGUUCCAGUCUUUAACAGCGGGACCAGGCAUCAUGCAGAGGUCACUGGGACGAUCCAUCGUUCGGUAUUGUGAUCCCAACACUACAAAGGUUACAACCUUAAAGACUCCAUCUGACCAGGGCAAGCAUGUUGAAAAGCAAAACCCUGGACCUACCUCACAGCAAUCACAGCAAUCCCAGACUUCUUACUUCCCCCGGGGUGGAGAUUCACCCAAGGUCCAGAUACCUUACCAAACAGCUCGUGGCCAGGUCCCGCGCAAGUUAGAGAUAGAGAGACGUCGAAGGGAAUAUUUGAAGUUAGACAUUGAACAGCUCCUGGCAGAACAAGGCAUCUAUUCAAAUCUUUUAAUGCCAACACAUCAGAGCAGCAGUGAUGAUCAUGAGACUACAACAGACAAUCCUGUUUCACCCUACUUAUCCCUGGAAGUAUUUGACAAUGAGGACUUUGAAUGCCGGAAUCCAGAAGACUGGCUUGCCCUGGGCAUUGCUGAAAAAUCACUGGAACAAAAACCUAUCCCUGCAAAAGCUCUGCUGCCUACCGAUGAUGAAAUUAAUUCUGAUGAGCCACAAAGCUCCUCCCUGGAGUACAGCUGGCGUCUAGUCGCUGUUCUUGACUAUAGUAAGGAGAAAUGCCAGUACCUUGUACAGAAAGUUUGCCAGAACAGCCAACUGACAGAUAAAAAAGGUCGUCCUAUUCUAAAUGAAGAACACAAAAAGAGCAAAUCUCCUGGUUGGUUGUAAACAGGCACAACGUUCUGGGUACCCAGGAUCAGAUUGGUUUUCAGUGCUGAGGACCCACGUGUGUUUGUCAAACGGAUCCAGUUUGCCCUGCGCUGGCAGGAAAACACAGAAGCUCUGCUUCUCUAUCACCUUUCUGUGGACUGCAUGCCAACCUGGAAGGGAACACCAUCUCUUGAUAGCCACGCUCUCCAGAGAAUUAGAAGAAUCACGCUUUCAGCCCCCGGGCUCAGACAUAAAAUUUUGGAGAAGUGUAUCGGGGAUCUGGAGAAGGAGCUCAAACUGGAUUAUGAGCGGACAAUGAACCGCAUGAGUUUUGACAGAGUUGUGAUGAGACACCCAGAGGAGUUUUCACACAUCACCCUGCCACAGAAGGGUCCUGCAUAUGUACCCCAAUCAGGGCGUGUUCCAGUUCCCACAUUUCCCUAUGAGAAGUAUAAAACAGCUUUCUUCUUCAAGUCCCUGCUAACAAAGCCGGAGGUGAUCCGUGUGUUAUCUGAAAUCUUGUCUGAGUGCAACAAAGUAGCAAACAUGAGGCUGUUCAAUGUCACCUCGGUCAAACCACUGCGACUGGACGAGUUUGAAGUCAUUCAGGCUCAAAUGCAUACUCAGGUAAGCUUAUUUCUUAGGGAGGGAUGGAUAGUCUCACUGAGCAACUGCAUCCGAUUCAACCUGCUGAGUAUUGGCCGUGGCACUUACAACGUGGACGAGUCUCAAUGGGAGAUGUACAAGAUGUCCAAGCUGUACAGAUUGAUGGCUGUGGUGCGCUACAAGCUGCAGGACUCCAUGCGCCACCUGGUGCAGGCCUCGCUGCUCCGCCUGACUCUGCUGCUGUUAACCACCUGCCACAGUGUGCUGACAUGUCCUCAGGACCUGGUCUGGGGGGACGACCUCGUCACUAGCCCAUAUAAGUCAGAAAGGACCCCUCUGUUCCUGUUGGACUUGAUUCUGGAUCAGACUGGGGUUCAUUACAGCACUCCACUCGAGAACUUUAAGACAUCCAUGGUCAACCUGUUCGAUAAGGCCAUUCUGGCCACUUACAAAGUACCUCAGCUCGAUAAGUUUGUAAUGCAGAAGAUGUUCGUCGGUGGGGAUCCGUUGCUUGAGUCAGUGAAUCUUUGGGAACCAGAAGUAACUGCGCUGAGAGAAAAGGUCUCCAAUGCUAUGAUGCAAGGAGUCAUACCUCUCAGGGCCUAUGCUGCUGAGUAUGAGAAAUACUUAGAUUUACACAACCUGGACAUAGAAACCCUUCUCAAAUCUCCUGCGAAUGCAGAACAGACAUCCCAGGAAGUGAAAAAAGAGGUGGAACAACAUCUCAAAGACAAGGAAACACUUGAGCACUCUCUGCCGUCCUCCAUUGUAAUUGGAACAUUUGUUAUUCGAGUGGAGGGUGUACGUCAGGCUCUCUCCAACAAAAAAAAGGCUUUAGCCAAUGCAAUGCUGGCCAUCCUUGCUGAGAAGCUAAGCAAGCAGGUUGAUGAAGCAUGUGAAGAGUACAACACAAUCAGUAGAAAGCUGCGUGAGAAACUGAACAGCAUUGAAGAGCUGAGUGAGAAGAGGGAAUGGAUGAAGCAAGUCCCAGGCCAGCUCAAGAGUUACAAGGAAGUUAUUGGAAAGACCCUGUCAGACUAUGAGCUAAUAGAAGAGCUUCGCUACUCUCUUUCAAAUGAGGAUUUUGAUAAAAAGUGGACAGCUAUUAGAUGGCCUCAAAAGAUAAUAAGCCAGAUGGAAGCAGCGGCCGCCCAGCAUUUGGAGGAUGAAGAGCGCUUCAAUAAGAUUCAGCUGGCCGACCAGAACAACUUUGAGGACCACCUCGACUCGCUAAAGAUGCUGGUUGCUGGGAUUGCGUGUCAUGAUGACAUCAAUCAUGCCCAUAAGGUGGCCAACAAAGUGAGGCGUACAAGCAAGCAACUGAAGGACUGUCUGACAAUGGCUCAAACCUACAACACCAGAGAGCGUCUGUUUGGUAUUCCUGUCACUAAUUAUGAUCGGCUACAGAAGCUGGUGAAGGACUUCCAGCCUUUUACGGACCUGUGGACCACCACCUCUGAUUGGAUGCGUUGGCACGAGAACUGGCUCAAUGACCCGCUGUCUUCCAUAGACUCCGAGCAGCUGGAGCGCAAUGUUACAGAUGUCCACAAGGUCAUGAACAAAUGUGUGAAACACUUCAAGGACAUUCCUGGCUGCCAGAUGGUUGCAUCGGCGAUCUGCAUCAAGAUCAAGGACUUCCAGCCGUACAUUCCUCUGAUUCAGGGCCUGAGGAACCCGGGGAUGAAGAACCGCCACUGGGAGAUUCUUUCAGACCGCAUUCAGAUGAAGGUCAAGCCCAAAGAUAACCUCACCCUCUCUCGAUGCCUGGAGCUGGGCCUACAGAACCACAUAGAGGACAUAGCUCAUGUGGCCGAGGUGGCAGGGAAAGAGUACACCAUUGAACAGGCCCUGGACAAGAUGGAAAACGAGUGGUCAACAAUAUUCUUUGACGUGUUGCCCUACAAGGAUACAGGCACCUACAUCCUGAAGAGCCCAGAUGAAGUCUCACAGAUGCUGGACGACCACAAUGUCAUGACGCAGAGCAUGUCCUUCUCUCCCUUCAAAAAGUCCUUUGAGGCCCGUAUCAACACCUGGGAGGGCAAAAUCAGAAUGACUCAGGACGUGCUGGAGGAGUGGUUGACAUUCCAACGCUCCUGGCUUUACUUAGAGCCCAUCUUCAGCUCGGAUGAUAUCACCCAGCAGCUGCCUGUGGAAGGAAAGAGAUACCAGCUAGUGGAUAGAACGUGGAAGGCAGUCAUGAAAAGUGCCUUUAAAAAUCCAAAGGUGAUUGAGCUGUGCCCAGAUUCUAGGCUACUAGAAAAACUGAAAAGGUGCAACGAACUGCUGGAAGAGGUCCAGAAGGGUCUUAGUGAAUACUUGGAAACAAAAAGAGGCUCCUUCCCCAGGUUUUACUUCCUGUCAGACGAUGAACUCCUGGAGAUUCUGUCCCAGACCAGAGAUCCUACUGCUGUUCAACCUCACUUGAAUCUGGGCGACUUGGUGCAGCUGGUGAGAGGACCUCUGUCUAAGAUGCAGCGGGCGGUGCUGUCUGCCCUCAUCGUCAUCGAGGUCCACGCUAAGGAGGUUGCAGCCAAACUGGUGGAGCUGCAGGUCUCCAGCAGCAUCAAUGACUUUGAGUGGAUCAGCCAGCUCAGAUAUUACUGGACCAAAAAUGACUUGUACAUCCGGGCAGUGAAUGCAGAGUUUUUGUACGGAUACGAGUACCUUGGUAACUCCGGACGUCUGGUCAUCACCCCGCUCACUGACAGAUGCUACCUGACCCUAACAGGAGCUCUACACCUGAAGUUCGGAGGGGCUCCUGCAGGUCCAGCAGGGACAGGGAAGACAGAAACCACUAAAGAUCUGGGAAAGGCGCUGGCUAUCCAGACCGUUGUUUUCAACUGCUCUGAUCAGCUGGACUUCAUUGCUAUGGGCAAGCUUCUCAAAGGACUGGCCAGCUCCGGGGCCUGGGCAUGCUUUGAUGAGUUUAAUCGUAUUGAUGUGGAGGUGUUGUCUGUUGUGGCGCAGCAGAUCACCACCAUACAAAAGGCCCAAAUGCAAAGGGCAGAGCGGUUCAUGUUUGAGGGGGCAGAAAUCCCUCUUGUCCAGUCCUGCGCCGUGUUCAUCACCAUGAAUCCUGGGUACGCCGGACGCACGGAGCUGCCUGACAAUCUCAAGGCACUGUUUCGUCCCGUGGCGAUGAUGGUACCUGACUACGCUAUGAUUGCUGAGAUCUCCUUGUACUCAUUUGGCUUCAGUGAUGCCAAAAUCCUCUCCAAGAAGAUCACCACCACCUUCAAGCUCUCCUCCGAACAGCUCAGCGCUCAGGAUCAUUAUGACUUCGGUAUGAGAGCGGUGAAGACUGUGAUCUCAGCUGCUGGAAACCUCAAGAGAGAAAAUCCUGAUAUGAACGAGGAGCUGAUCUGUCUGCGAGCCAUUCAAGAUGUCAACGUACCAAAGUUUUUACAGGACGACCUGAAGCUCUUCAACGGUAUUGUGUCCGAUCUUUUCCCAAAGACAAAACAGGAGCCAAUCGACUACGGCACACUGGAGGAGUCCAUGCGUGAUGUCUGCACCAAGAAGAACCUCAAAGAUGUGGAUGGGUUUAUUUCUAAGUGUAUUCAGCUGUAUGAGACCACUGUGGUGAGACACGGCCUGAUGUUGGUGGGACCCUCUGGAUCCGGUAAAACCAAGUGUUAUGAGGUUCUAGGUGCGGCGAUAACAGCUCUGAAGGGCCAGCCCUCUGUGAGCGGCGAUGUGUAUGAAGCGAUUCAGAUAUAUGUCCUCAACCCAAAGUCUAUCACCAUGGGACAGCUCUACGGGGAGUUUGACCUGCUCACACACGAGUGGACAGAUGGCAUCCUUUCCGCUGUUAUCCGUGCAGGUGCAUCAUCCAUGGACACUGUGAAAAAGUGGUAUAUGUUUGAUGGGCCAGUGGACGCAGUUUGGAUUGAGAACAUGAACACUGUGCUCGAUGACAACAAGAAACUGUGCCUCAGCUCGGGGGAAAUCAUCAAGCUCAGUGAGGUGAUGACCAUGAUGUUUGAGGUGCAGGACUUAGCGGUGGCCUCCCCAGCCACAGUGUCUCGCUGCGGGAUGGUCUACCUGGAGCCCAGCGUUCUGGGCCUCGUCCCUUUCACAGAGUGUUGGCUGAGGCGAGUCCCUGAAGCCCUGAAACCGUUCACAAAGCAGCUCGAAUCGCUUUUUGCCAGGUUCCUCCAGGACGCCAUCACAUUUGUCCGCACAUCAGUAAAGAAGGUCAUCACAUCUCUGGACAGCAACCUCACCUGCAGUCUGCUUAAAGUUAUGGACUGCUUCUUCAAUCCCUUCAACAUUAAAGAGGGAGAGUACAGGGCAGCCAUGGCAGAGGAGUGGCUGCAAUGUUUCAAAAAGCUAAAUGUUCCACACACUGACGAACCAAACCUGAUCAACACCUUCGGAGACCCGGUCAAGAUCCGCUCAUGGCAGAUAUCAGGUCUGCCCAAGGAUAACCUCUCAGUGGAGAACGGUGUGAUCACCCAGUACUGUCUGCGCUGGCCUUUAUUCAUCGAUCCUCAGGGACAAGCCAACACUUGGAUCAAAAACAUAUAUAUCUUAUCUGAGAAGGACAGUAGAUUGGAGGUCAUUAAGUUAAGUGACCGGGACUUCCUCCGCAGUCUUGAGAAUGCCAUUCGCUUUGGGAAACCCUGCCUCUUGGAGAAUAUAGGGGAGGAAUUGGAUCCUGCCCUAGAGCCUGUCUUGCUGCAACAAACAUUUGUGCUGAGAGGCAGCACCAUGCUGAAGCUGGGGGACACAGUCAUCCCUUACCAACAAGGCUUCAAGAUGUACAUCACCACCAAGCUGCCUAACCCACACUACUCUCCAGAGGUGGCCACCAAAGUCACCCUCAUUAACUUCACCCUGUCACCAAGCGGUCUGGAGGACCAGCUGCUGGGCCAGGUGGUGGCUGUGGAGCGUCCAGACCUGGAGGAGGCUAAGAACCAGCUGAUCAUCAGCAACGCCCAGAUGAAACAGGAGCUGAAAGAAAUUGAGGAUGAGAUCCUGUUCCGACUCAGCUCCACUGAGGGAAACCCCGUGGACAACGAGGAACUCAUCCAAGUGUUCGGAGCUUCCAAGAUCAAAGCUGGAGAGAUCAAGGCCAAAGUGGUGGUGGCAGAGCAGACGGAGAAGGACAUUGACGCCACCCGCCUGGAGUACGUUCCAGUGGCUGUGCGCACACAGAUCCUAUUCUUCUGUGUAUCGGACCUGUCGAAUGUCGACCCCAUGUACCAGUACUCACUGGAGUGGUUCCUCUGCAUCUUCAUGGCUGGCCUUGCCAACUCUGAGAAAGCAGACACGGUGGAGGAGAGGAUUGCCAACAUAAAUGAGUUUUUCACCUUCAGCCUGUACAGCAAUGUGUGCCGCAGCUUAUUUGAGAAGAACAAACUCAUGUUUGCCUUUCUCCUGUGCGCUCGCAUCAUGAUGAAUGAGAACAAAAUUGAUAUGGCUGAGUGGCGUUACCUGCUGUCUGGAGGGAUGCCCGCCCAGGAGCUGACAAACCCAGCAGUGAGUUGGCUGUCGGAGCGAGCCUGGCAGGACAUUCUGGGCCUCAGCGCUCUGGACAACUUCAGAAACCUGGCAGAGAGCUUCCCCGAACAUCUGCAGGGUUUCAAGAGCAUCUUUGACAGCAACCAGCCUCACAGGGACCCUCUCCCAGGACAGUGGGACACCGAGCUGGACUCGUUCCAGAAGCUGCUGGUGCUGCGCUGUCUGAGGGCCGACCGCCUUGUUCAAGGCCUGCAGGACUUUGUCUCGGCUCAGCUGGGACAACGCUUCAUAGAGCCUCAGACGUCAGACCUGUCGGUGGUCUUCAAGGAGUCUUCCCUCUCCACCCCCCUCAUCUUUGUGCUCUCCCCUGGCACAGACCCCGCUGCUGACCUCUACAAAUUUGCAGAUGUCAUGCAGUUCUCCAAGAAAAUGAGUGCCAUCUCUCUGGGCCAGGGCCAGGGCCCCUGGGCAGAGAAGCUCAUGCUCGCUGCUAUGGAGAGAGGUCAUUGGGUCUUCUCCCAGAACUGUCACCUGGCGCCCAGCUGGAUGCCCUCCCUGGAGAGACUCAUUGAAAACAUCAGCCCAGUAAAGGUGCACAAGGACUUCCGUAUGUGGCUCACGAGCCUUUCCAGCAACAAGUUCCCAGUGUCUAUUCUCCAAAAUGGGUCAAAGAUGACCAUCGAGCCUCCCAAGGGAAUCAAGGCCAAUCUACAGAAGACCUACCUGAGGCUCACCAAUGAGUUCUUCACCUCCUCCACAAAGGCAUCACACCUCAAGGCUUUGCUUCUGUCUCUGUGUCUCUUCCAUGGAAUUUCUCUGGAGCGAAGGAAGUUUGGCCCACUGGGCUUCAACAUUCCCUACGAUUUCACAGACGGAGACUUAAACAUCUGCAUCAGCCAGGUCAAAAUGUUCCUGGACGAGUACCAGGACGUCCCGUACAAGGUGUUAAAAUAUACCGCAGGGGAGAUAAAUUACGGCGGCCGAGUGACAGAUGACUGGGACAGACGAUGCCUGCUGAGCGUCCUGGAGGAUUUCUACUGUCCUGCUGUGCUGGAAGACGGUCACUUCUACUCUUCGUCUGGAGUCUACCGGCAGAUAGACACAGAUCUGGAUAUCAAGGGUUACCUGGCAUACAUUCGUGGUUUGCCCAUCAAUGAUACACCUGAGAUCUUUGGUCUCCAUGACAACGCUAAUAUCAGCUUUGCCCAAAACGAGUCCUUCGCCCUGCUGGGAGCUCUGGUUCGACUCCAGCCUCGAGCUUCAUCUGCCGGGGGCAAAUCUCUGGAGGAGAUAGUGGAGGAGAUCGUGGCAGGCAUCGUGGAAAAGAUUCCUCGGCCUUUCAACAUUCAGGACGUGAUGGAAAUGUUCCCGGUGCUCUAUGAAGAGUCCAUGAACACAGUGCUCAUCCAGGAGGUCAUCAGAUACAACAAUCUGCUGGCGGUCAUCUCUCAGAGUCUCGGAGACAUCGUGAAGGCUCUGAAAGGUUUGGUGGUGAUGUCGUCUGAACUGGAGCUCAUGGCCAGCAGCCUGUUCAUCAACGUGGUGCCCGAUAUGUGGAAAGCCAAGGCCUACCCGUCCCUGAAGCCUCUGGCAUCCUGGGUGUCAGACCUGAUUCUGAGGAUCAAUUUCCUGCAGAAAUGGAUCUGUGAUGGCAUUCCACCUGUUUUCUGGAUUAGCGGCUUCUUCUUCCCGCAGGCUUUCCUCACAGGAACGCUCCAGAACUACGCCCGCCGCUCUGGCAUCUCCAUCGACACAAUUGGAUUUGACUUUGAGGUCAGACAGUGAGAUGUUUGUCUGACAGUGCUUUUGCAACUAUUUUUUCACUACUAGCUAAACUACAGCACUACAUGUUUUCAGCAAUAAUAUAUCAUUUAUACAAACACACCAAAUGCGGAAACAAUACCCCCAACCUGUAGUUCCAUGAUUGGAUUAUGUAACCCCAGUGUAUGAAUCAGUGAUCACUACAC